GAAAAUGGAUUCAGAUUUCGUGCCUUUCUUCUGGCGGAUUCAGCGGCGUCCCUCCUACCCAACAACCCACAUGGCGACGCUCUUCAUCGCCGUCCAAUGCUGCCGGUGCUCCACGAUGCAGGUGAAGCAGCAGAAGAAGAGCGGCAACAACUGGGUGUGCUCCGUCUGCAACCAGAGGCAGUCGGUGCGGCGGAUCCACGCGCGCGGCCACGUCGCCAGCGACCUCCGCAGCUUCGUCCAGGCCUUCAACAUGGCCCGGGCGGACAUCGGAUCCCACGGCUCCGAUCCCGUCCCACCCCGAUCGGACGGCCCCCGCGCUUUGUCCGCCUCGCCGGACGCUCGGGAAGCCGUCGCCUACGGUUCUCCCUUCUCCACGGCGAAGAAGAGGACGGAUUGGUCCAAAUACUUGGAUCCAACCCACGAGGAGCCAGAUGAUGACGAUGCAAAAGGAGGAGGAGAACAACGUGUUCUUCCGCUCGAAUCGGCGCUAGCGACGGAACUGCCUCCAGAGAAGUCGAGGCGUUCCUCGAUCCCUAAUUGCACCCGACGGGCCCAAUUAUCCGCUGCGGGAACCGACAAUUGCUUCGGCUUCAAGCCAUCACUCGCGAAGAGGAAACCAUUGCAAGCUGCUCUUGAAGGCAAGGAGGCAUCUGACUUGUCGAUUGCGAUACUCGAGUUUAUUGAGGAAGGUCUAAUUCAUCAGAUCCCACCGAUGCAGAGAGUACCGAGAUGGGAGGUGGGAAGGUCGCGGCGGCGCUGCAGGGGAAGAGUGGUUCGUCAAAAUCGAGCGAGUACCUGGAAGAAGGUGAUAUCCAGAGGCUGUUAGCGGAGGAGGUACACCCAGACUUCCAGUGAUGGCUCUACUUUUUCAGUUCCAUCAUCGUUUAGCCUGAAUAUUCAGACAAUAAAAAAAAGGAAAAUAUUACAUUGAGACAGUUAUGAAUUUGAUCGAGUUUUCCCUUAGUUGACAAAACAACAAAAUAUUGCUUGAAUGAGUGAUUAUUGAUUAGGUGCCAGUAGUUCAUAUUUCUCUCUCCUGGCUGCCACGAGGAAGGAGCUCCACCCCGAACCAAGAAAGGGGGUCAGGCUGAAGCACCAGGUUUAGUUGUUGCAGACAAAUUUAUUGACAACAGAGGGGUGACACAGAUUUAAGAAACAAAUAAAGGUACCAAAUAAGAAUAAAAGAAAAAAGUAUCGCACAAGUUGAUUUAACAUUACUUUCGUACCAAUUCCUUGCAAAGUUUGAUGAUAAGAAAAUGAUGGUGGUG